UUCAGCUAGAAAGUGACAGCAAUUGUUAGAAAAAAUACGACAAAUUCAUGAACGGCUGAUCGUGUUAAUUUGUUAAUUGCUUCAAAAAUCUUGGAUUUAACUUGUAAUUUGCUAAAAAAUAGCUGUAAUAAGUAAAUUCAUUUAAUCAGCGACUAACAGUAGUGAAAGAUGCCGCAAGCUCGGCGCAAGACGCCCUUCAGUGGGAAAGCUAAAAAGCAACAGCUACAGAGUAAGAAACAGAAUAAGACGCUGUUGAUGUCCACAUCCGGGGGCACAACAGCAUACGACGUGGUCUCAGUGAACUACCAACCAAACAAGCGAGGCGGGCGCGAUACCAACAGAUAUGCUCUCAAGUUCUACCGGGAGAACGAUGACGAGCUGAGGCUCAAGAAGGAGGAUGCACUAAAAGAACUUCGGCCAGUGUUAGAGAAAGAUCUAGAAGUGGACCCUGCGGACUACUUUCCUACCGAGUUGUCAUUCCCCAAGAGACCGCCAUGGGACUUCAACAUGAGUCCCGCACAGCUAGACGCACAGGAGCAGAGGUAUUUCAAGAAUUACGUCGACACACUCCAAGCUUCUGAACACUGGAAGGACAUGUCUUACUUCGAGCUGAACUUGGAGACUUGGAGACAGCUGUGGAGAGUUCUAGAAAUGUGCGAUAUACUGCUACUUAUUGUGGAUGUUAGAUACGCUGGCAUGAUGUUCCCCCCCUCCCUGUACUCGUACAUCCAAGAACAGAACAAGCACAUGAUCCUCGUGCUGAACAAGAUAGAUUUAGUUCCUCCAUCGGUGGCGGCGGCAUGGAAGCAAUACUUGACAGAAACGUGUCCCGCGCUCACCGUGCUAUACUUUACUUCCUGUGUCGCUUACAACCUUACUGGGAACACCGCUGAUAAGGCCGGUCUACAAAUCCGCCGUCGCAAAGGCAAGCAGCGCAUGUGUGUAGAAGGUGCUACUAAGAUCUUAGAAGCCUGCAAAGAGAUCGUGAAGGGAGAAGUAGACCUGUCUUCUUGGGAGAAGAAGAUUAAAGAAGAGACUGAUGUGGAGUUCGAUUACGAUGAAGCGGCUACAGUUGGUGAAACAAUCCUAGAGAAACCCGACACGUCCUACUACAGUCACGAGCGGUACAAGUCGGGCGUCCUAUCGAUCGGUUGUGUCGGCCAGCCCAAUGUGGGCAAGUCGUCGCUGCUGAACGCUCUGAUGGGCCGCAGUGUCGUGUCCGUGUCCAAGACUCCCGGACACACUAAACACUUCCAGACUAUCUAUUUGACACCACAGGUACGUCUAUGCGACUGUCCCGGUCUGGUUUUCCCGUCUAAAGUGCCCCGGCCUAUACAGAUUCUGAUGGGUUCUUACCCUAUCGCGCAGCUGAGGGAGCCAUACACCGCCAUCAGAUAUAUAGCAGAACGGCUGGACUUACCCAAGUUGCUGCGUAUAGAGCACCCGGAAGGAGACGACAGCUGGUCGCCGCGGGACAUCUGCGACGGAUGGGCUAAGAAGCGCAGUUAUUUCACUGCUAAAGCGGCCAGGUUAGACACAUACAGAGCAGCUAAUAGUUUAUUAAGGAUGGCGCUGGACGGCAGGAUUUGUCUAUGGUUGAGGCCGCCCGGAUUCGCUGAAAAUAGAGAAAAAUACGAAAACUGCGAAGAAAUAAAAUACGUCAAAUGGGUGCGAGCUAUCACCGAUGACACCACACUCAAGUCAGACGAUCUGAACACGUCAGAGUCAGACGGGGACAGACAUUCUGAUAGUUCUGACGCGGAUGAUGACAGCAGUGACGAUGAUGAGACGGCCGCCAUUGCGAACAAAUUCGCGGCGUUAGCUGGUGAUGACUGAAAAAAUGAUGAAAUUUUCGUCAUUAACGUGAAAUAUCUUUGUUUGUUGUAUGAUUUUAAUACGUAUUUUUUUGUGUUAAAUAAUUAUACCAUUCUACCUAUUUAAAAAUAAAAAUAUAAACUGAAUUCGUUGAUUUUAAGUCAGUUGUUAAAAUAAGACAUUUUCGAUCCUAUAGUGUCAAACUUAAGGUUUGAUUUAAAUUAAUAAAACGAAAAGCCAAUAUCAGCCAAAAUUUUGAUAAACUACUAGUUACAAAAGUCAAACAGAUGCUAGAUAUUAUUUUUUAGUAAUUUAGGUAACACUUGAUCAUAUUCAUUUGGUAACAAAUAGAGUGAAAGAUUUUUUUAAAUCGGUUCAAUAGUUUCGGAGCCUUUACAAACAAUGCAAUGUUUCACAAUUAUAUAUUUUAACUUAAUUUUAUUUUAAGACAAUAAUUAUAGUUUUUAAUGCAGCUUAUUAAUAUUAUUAUGUCGUUGUUAAUAUAGCAGCUAAUGCUAUUUGUAUCCUAUACUAGUUUCUCACGCGGUUGCACUCGCGUUUAUUCACCUAAAUCAGCCAGUAUAAGUUUCAGACAGACAUUUCUUUGUUUUUAUGCUGGUAUUUUUCAUUCCUUUAAUACCUGCCAUACUUAAAUCUAGUAUUAUUAUUAAUACUGGCUGUUUUAUUUGUCCGGGUAACUGGGUUGAGGAGGUUAGAUAGGCAGUCGCUCCUUGUGGCACACUGGUACUCAGCUGCAUCUGGUUAGACUGGAAGCCGACCCCAACAUAGUUGGGAAAAGGCUCGGGAGAUGAUAUAACUGUUUUAGUUCUUCUAUGGUACGAGUGUACACACUUUAUACCCCGAAGUUGCUCUGUAAAAUUGAGAAUUGUUAUGUUAUCAAUAAAAAUAAUCACAUCAGUGGCUUAAAAAUAAAUAUUUAAGUAUAUUCACUUCUAUUGAAUAUUUAUAAAAACAUGCAUUUACUAUCCCAUGUUAAAGUUUAAAGUGCGACUUAAGGUGAAUGCAUCGACUGGUAGCGGGCAGUUCAGAUAUAAAACGUUUUUUUUUUGAAGUUUUAUCUAAGUUAACAUCUAUUACGAGGUAUUUGAAUUGCUUACAACCUUUCGGAGUUAAAAAGGACAUCAGUUUAUUCCUUUCCUUUCUAGAACAUAAAAAAAUCACUUUAUACCUAUUUGAAUUUCCUUCUCUAUCAGAGUGAGUAUUCACCUUAUAAUGCACUUACAUGUCUCUAACGCUUUUUAAUGUGAUAAUGAGCUUUCUAGGUUUUUAUUAUGUUAAAUAUUAAUUAUUUUAUGGAUUACAAAAUAGUUUUUCUUUGGUAUACUUCUAGUACACUUAUUUAUCAGAUAAAUACGAUUUACCUUACUUUGACAUAGAAAACAAUUUGUAAUCCAUAAAAUUGAGUUUUUAGUAACUGUCCUAAUAAAUUAUUAUUCUUAUAACGAUUCUAGUAUAGUUAAUAUUUUGUACGUCCCAUUAUAUUAUCUUGAAUAAAUUAUUUGAUAUUUAA